UUACACUACUUACUGUGCUUUGACGAGACAACGCUUUCAAACGCUUCAUAAAGUUGAAAACCUACGCGUCCCUUCCUUCUCACAACAAUCUACACACAAACCCUAAUCUCUCUCUCUCUCUCUCUCUCUCCACAAAAUCCAUUUGUUUUCUAUGAACUUCCACAAAAUCCAUUUCUCCAUAAGAAUCACUCUCAGAUUUUCACCUUCAAUUAUAACUGUGCUUCAUACUCUAUAAUUUUCACCACUCGUAAUCCAUGUAUGGAAGACAAAGACAGAGCACCUACCGAAGAGUUUGUCGGCAACUCAAACUGGAAUCUCGGCGUCGAUGAUUCCGGUGAUAGGUUCGGCCACAUCGGCUGGAAUCUUGUACCGGAAACCACCGAUGACAAACUGUUGCAACGGGUUCAAACCGGUUCUAUCGAAACGGCAUCAGUGUCGGCGUCAGCGUCGUCUUACAGGUCAAAUAAUCAAUCAAUUUCUUCAAGCUCCAGCGAGGAUCUGCCGGAGAAAUCCACCGUCUCCGAUGAGAAACCGCCGGAAACACCGAGUAAAAGUAAGAAGAAGGGGGAAAAGCGAAUAAGGCAACCAAGGUUUGCAUUUAUGACCAAGAGUGAAGUUGAUCAUCUUGAAGAUGGGUACAGAUGGAGGAAGUAUGGUCAGAAGGCAGUUAAAAAUAGUCCAUUCCCUAGGAGCUACUAUAGGUGCACAAAUAGUAAAUGCACGGUGAAGAAAAGGGUUGAACGCUCUCAUGAGGACCCAACAAUUGUUAUAACUACAUAUGAAGGCCAACAUUGUCAUCACACUGUUGGAUUUCCUCGAACUGGAAUGAUUAGUCAUGAAUCUUCUUUUACUAGCCAGUUUGCUCCUACAAUGCCUCAAUUCUAUUAUCCUGUUCAAUUACCUACAGAAUUAAACACUUGCACCACUACUGUUUCUCAGCUAUGUCAAACACAUGAUCAUCAUGAGUCUGCUGGAGGAUCGAGCAGCGCUACAAUGCUGGCCGAUGCAUCACCGCCGCUGGAUCUAGCCGAUGAAGGAUUACUUGGAGAUAUUGUACCCCGUGGAAUGCGCAACAGGGAUGAGAGAAAUAUUUGAUGACUUUGAAUUCUUUAAUCUUUUAUGGGACUUAAGACUUUUGGUUUGAAAAAUCAGAUCGGCGUGAGAUAUCUUUAUUGGGCGGAUGAACAAACUUUCCUAGGUCUUCAACUGUCUCCAAAAAGCCAAUUCGAUUAUAAAAAAGAUUCCAUGUCUGUCCCUUUCAAAAAGAUUAUGACACGACUCAAUACGUUUACAUUCAAAGUGAUGAAAGUUUCUUGGUCCUACACAAUUAAAGAGUUUUAGC